UUUUGCUUCCCAGUAGACGAGGCGGAAGUUCCAAAUUACAGAUCGGUCAUCUCUAAUCCCAUGGACUUUCAAACAAUGCAGAACAAGCUGGAAGCGGAGGAAUAUCGUACCCCCGAAGACUUCAAAGAUGAUCUGUUGCUCGUCAUGCGCAACGCGCAGACGUUCAAUCCUCCAGGUUCCAUCUACUCAAACGAGGCCAAAAGGAUAGAG